AUUGAUGGUGUGUUUUUGAUAAGUUUGGUGUACUUCUCUUUUUGCAUGACUGUUUCUUUUUGUGUGAUGAUAGAGCAGUUGGGAGGCUCGUCUUUCAUUUUUUAUCUGAAUGGUAAAAUUACCCGUUUAACCUGUAUGAUAAAAUUUUGAACUAACACCGUAACACGAACUUGCAUACAUUGCUUCUGUUUACUCAUUUUGGUGCUAGCACACGUCAAGGUUGGCUUCUGGUGGAACCAGAGGAUUAGUUCGAGUUUCCAUUAAAAGAUGCUGCUUCAAUCCAACCCAACAGGAAGAAAAGAGACAGUUCAUUGGUUUCAGCUGGUUCAAUCAAUCCUGCAGAUGACAAUUUCCUACUACUAGCUUUAGCGCUCUAUGGUGUCAUUGUUGGCAUUAUCCUUUCUUCAAGAGCUGCUUAAUCAAGAGCCGGGUAAAAGCUGUCCGUAUGCUUAAUAACAGCACCCUGCUUAAAAGUGAUUUCUCUUACAACAAUCUGAGUGGCCCUGAACCAAGAUUUGCUGCUAAAACAUUCAAUAUUGCUGGGAAUGCUCUAAUCUGCCCAACUGCAGAAUGCUUUGGGGCAACAUUUAUACCAAUGUCCAUGAACUUGAAUAGCAAACAAGCUUCUUCGCCUUGGGGCAGACGGCGAAGUCAUAACGUAGCCCUUGCAUUUGGCUUCAGGAGAUGGUGAAUCCGGUUAUCCGGUUUCAUUUCAGAUCUUAAUCAUGUGAAAUUUUACAAGCGGUCAUGUUUUUAAAUGUUCUUCCAUGGACCCACAAACUGGUUGUACAUUUAUUGAAUGCUUUGUCUGCUUCUAUGCAGCUGAAUCAAUAUUGUAAGAACUUUUUGAAAGUUGUUUUGGGGAGUAAUCAUUGACUAAAUUUGGUUUA